AUGUGCACUAAACUAAAUAUUGCUAAUUCUAAUUCGAAUGUUAUGCUUUAUUUGAAAUUGAGAGAAAGUGGCUGCGAUAAAGUUUAAGCACGUUAAUUUUGCCGUAAGAAUUUUUGCAAGAUAGAUUAAACUCAAAAAUAAAUUGGACCACCAGGCCACAAGGUUUUGAAAUUGCAUCCAAAUCGUUUACAAGGAGAGAAGGGAUGGCAACCUGGAUUUAUGAUGAAAUAUGACUUAGGCAGCGGUUACAGAGACUCCAAAGAUUUGGUAGAGGAAUAAACUCCGGCUGAGGAAGCAAUCUUGAAACAGUACGAAAAGUACGAAAAAAAGAAGAAUGCUGUACUUUUGUAAAAAAUGUUGGCUGUCAAAAACUAUGCUGAUUCAUUAAGACCUCCAAAAAUAGAUGUGUUUAGUAAAGACAGUCUGGAUAGGAUAAGGAAGAUUUCUUAGGAUUUACAUGAUAAUCAAUAAAAACCAAAAAAGUACUUUGAAAAAGGAGAUAUGAAGUUUUAUGAACUUGCUGACUAUAUUUCCACUCAUCGCUCAGGUUAAUUAACUGAUUUGAGAAUCAAUUUUGAUCCUAUUGUAAAUACUUAGGUAAAAUUAAAAACUGAGAAUUCCCAAUAUUUAAGUCCCACCAAAAGUUUCAAAAGACAAACAACAAUAAGUGCUAUUGAAAAGGGAGCCAAUCUAAUUAUGGCCUUUUAGAAUCAAACUCCAAUUAAUGAAGAAUUGGACACAAGAUCAACCAAUCAUAAUAAUAAUGAGGUAACAUCGUAGCUUAUACGAUUUAAUCAUCAUAAAUUAGAAUUGGCUGAAGAAUUCAAUUCAUCUUAAUAUUUAUUCACUCCAACUAGUGCUCAUACAAGAUAGGCAAGUCAAAUUGAUUAGAAUGAUGAAGCAGUUAAAUGUUUCGUAUAACAAUUUUAUGACAAACAAUACAAUGAUAAAGUGAUUCCCUCGACAAAAAGAAAUUUGAGAUUGCGAGCAAUUGUGAAUAGUGGAGUUCCCAAAUAAGAGACUUCUAGACAAACUAAUAAUAAGAAAGUAAGUAAAAGGUUGAGCAUGUGA